AUGUGUGCUGCUAAAAUGACAGAAGGGAGCUUGCAUGUGGAAUCCUGCAAGGCCCCUCUGUUUUACAGACAAGCUGAACCGGCUACAGGUGAAGUCAAUCUGUCCAUCCUACUUCUGCACGGCAUCCGUUUGUCAUCUGAGAAUUGGCUCAAUAUAGGUACACUGGAGAUAUUGGCCAAAGCUGGCUGUUGUGCUGUGGCCAUCGACCUACCAGGUUUUGGUCAGUCUAAGUCAUCAGUGGCCCCAUUCGCUGUAGGAGAGCUGGCCCCUGGUGGGUUCCUGAAGCAGGUGUGUGUGGCCCUGGGGAUGGGGCCAGUCGUGGUAGUCAGUCCCUCUGUCAGUGGCAUGUACUCCCUGCCCUUCCUCUUCCAGCAUGAGGCUCUGGUCCGGGCAUACAUCGCUGUGGCUCCCAUCUGCACUGAGAAAUUCACAGUAGAGCAGUACAUCAGCAUACAGCCUCCGUCUCUGAUUGUCAAUGGAGACCAGGAUGCUCAGCUAAAGGAGGUUUCUCUGAACAACCUGAGGAAGCUAGCCAAUCACAAGGUGUUGGUGAUGAAAGGAGCAGGACAUCCAUGCUAUCUGGAUGACCCAGCCACGUGGCACACGGCUCUCACUGACUUUCUCAGUACGUUGUGA